AUGACGACCACCAUGCAGUCCAACAACCUGACUCGUCCUUUGGCCCUCAAGCAGGGUACCUCUGAAGUCUCGAUCCUCGUUGCCUCCGAUGUCUGGCUCGCUGCUGAGCAGUUGCGCGAGGAAUUCUUGAUCACAUCGACCGAGUCUGCUGCCGCUGCCGCCCCCGUCGAGGGUGCUGCUGAUGAGCAGGCCCCCGAGAUGGAGCUCAUUGCUCGCUUCCUCAAGUUUGCCACUGAUAAGUGCGAGCAGAACGACCAGUCGCUCCAGUUUGUGCCUGUGUUAAAGACAGUGUUCCUGUUCUUCGUCACCAAAUACCUCAGAGGAAAUGAUAUCCACGUCGUCACCCGCGCCCUCACUAAGGAUACCCGCGUUAUCAUCAUGAACGCCUUCUUCUCUGCCCUGGCCUUCCUCCGCGCCAUGGACGUCCUCUCCAACGAUGACUACACUCCCCCAACCUCGGCCCUCUUUGCCGCCGCACACAACGGCUCGGCAAAGAUCUUUGCCAUCUUUGGCGGACAGGGCAACAUCGAGGAGUACUUCGACGAACUCGCAGAUAUCUACACCACCUACACUACCCUGGUCCAGGAUUAUAUCGAGGACAUGGCUGCCGUCUUGCGCGAUCAUGCUCGGUCUGAGGAUGCUUCUGUUUUCCAUUCCAAGGGACUCGAUGUCAUGGGCUGGUUGAGGAACCCUGAUUCCAAGCCUGAUGUUGCUUACUUGGUUUCUGCUCCCGUAUCGCUCCCUUUGAUCGGUCUUGUGCAAUUGAUGCACUACUAUGUCAUGCUCAAGGUGCUCGAUCAAACCCCCGCGCAGCUUCGCGAUGUUAUUUUGGGCUCGACUGGACACUCCCAGGGUAUCAUCUCGUCCGUUGUCAUCUCCUCGUCUGCCACUUUUGAAGACUUCCUUACCAACUCGCGCAAGGCCCUCGGUCUGCUGUUCUGGAUCGGAACCCGCUCCCAGGAGGUCUACCCCCAAACCACGCUCAACCCCGCCAUUCUCCAGGACUCGCUAUCUAACAACGAGGGCAACCCCACCCCCAUGCUGGUCGUCAACUCCCUCCGUGCCUCCGAGGUUCAAAAGUACGUCGAGGCCACCAACCGCCAUCUUCCUGAGGAUCGCAAAAUCAAGAUUGCGCUCAUCAACGGACCCCGCUCAUCCAUCUGCACCGGUCCUCCUCAGUCCCUCUACGGUCUCAACUUGGCCCUUCGUAAGCUCAAGGCCCCCACCGGUCUCGAGCAGGGACGUGUUCCCUUCUCGCAGAGAAAGGUCAAGUUCUCGUCCCGUUUCUUGCCCAUCACUGCCCCCUUCCACUCGUCUUACUUGGAUGGCGUUGCAGCCCUGGUUGAGAAGGAUAUUGCCAGUUACGACUUGAGCUUCGAUGCCAGUGCCAUGACCGUCCCUGUCUUCUCGACUGACUCUGGCAAGGAUAUCGCUGGAUCUCCCACUAUCACCAUGGAUCUUGUGAACCAGAUUUGUUCCCUCCCUGUUUUCUGGGAGAAGGCAACUGCGAUGGCUGGAUUGACGCACGUGAUCGAUUUUGGCCCUGGAGGCUCCUCCGGCGUCGGCUCUUUGACGGCCCGCAACAAGGACGGCACCGGUGUCCAGGUCAUCCUCGCUGGCGCCACCGAGGGCGUCAACCGGGAGCUCUCCUACAAGCCCGACCUCUUUGACGCCAACCCUGCUGCCCUCCGCUACGCCCCCAACUGGGCCAGCGAGUUCCAGCCUAAGCUCGUCCGCUCCGUCACUGGCGAGAUCCACAUCGACACCCGCAUGUCCCGCCUCCUCGCCAAGCCCCCACUGAUGGUCGCCGGUAUGACCCCCUCGACCGUUAACGAGGGCUUUGUCAGCGCCGUCAUGAACGCUGGUUACCACGUCGAGUUGGCUGGAGGUGGACACUACAACGAGGCUGCUGUCCGUAGCAAGGUCAAGAAGAUCAUGCACCUCACCACCCCCGGUGCCGGUAUCACCUUGAACACCUUGUUCAUCAACGUCCGCCAGUGGGGCUUCCAGGCUCCCUUGGUCCCCAAGCUCCGUCGCGAGGGUCUCCCCAUGGAGGGUUUCUGUUGCGCUGCCGGUGUCCCUUCGCUCGAGGUCGCCAGCGAGUUCAUUGCUGACAUGCUCGAGGCCGGUAUCCGCCACGUCUCUUUCAAGCCCGGUUCGGUCGAGUCGAUCCGCCAGGUCUUGGCCAUUGCUGCCGCCCACCCCGAGAUGCCCAUCAUUCUCCAGUGGACCGGUGGUCGUGCCGGAGGACAUCACAGUUUCGAGGAUUUCCACCAGCCCAUCCUGGAGACCUACUCUGCCAUCCGUCGCCACCCCAACGUUGUUCUUGUUGCCGGAUCUGGAUUCGGUGGUGCUGAGGAUACUUACCCUUACCUCACUGGUGACUGGUCUGUCCAGCUUGACUACCCUCCCAUGCCCUUUGACGGUAUGCUCUUUGGUUCCCGUGUCAUGGUUGCCAGGGAGGGUAUGGCUUCGCUCGGCGUCAAGCAGGCUAUUGUUGAUGCUCCCGGUGUCGAUGAUUCCGAGUGGGAGAAGACCUACAAGGGCCCCACCGGUGGUGUCAUGACCGUUCGCUCCGAGUUGGGCGAGCCCAUUCACAAGAUUGCUACCCGUGGAGUCAGGCUUUGGAAGGAGAUGGACGACACCAUCUUUGGUCUCCCCAAGGACAAGCGUCCCGCUGCUCUUUUGGCCAAGAAGGACUACAUCAUCAAGCGCCUCAAUGCCGACUUCCAGAAGGUCUGGUUCGGUAAGAAGGCCAAUGGCAGUGUUGCUGACUUGCAGGAUAUGACCUAUGAGGAGGUUAUCAAUCGCCUCAUGGAGUUGCUUUUCAUCAAGCACGAGGAGCGCUGGAUUGACCACUCGCACCGCAACCUCUUGGGUGACGUUCUCCGCCGCAUUGAGGAGCGCUUUGUCGGUGUCGAGACGAACUCGAUCGUUCAGACCUACUCCCAGCUGGACAUCCCCUUCGAGUUUGCUCAGGAGUUCAUCAACACCUACCCCUUGACCCAGACCCAGCUCCUCACUACUGAGGAUGUCGGAUACUUCCUCUUCCUCAUGAACCGCCGUGGCCAGAAGCCCGUUCCCUUUAUCCCCGUCCUUGAUAAGGACUUUGAGGUCUGGUUCAAGAAGGAUUCUCUCUGGCAGGCCGAGGAUUUGGCUGCCGUUGUUGACCAGGAUGUCCAGCGUACCUGUAUUCUCCAGGGACCUGCCGCUGUCCGCUAUGCCACCAAGGUCGACGAGCCCGUCAAGGAUAUUCUCGACGGAAUCUUCCACAGCCACAUUGCUUCCCUCAAGGAGCGUUACUACAACAACGACGAUGCCUCUAUCCCCCAGGUCGAGUACUUUGGCGGCAAGCCUGCUCGUUUCGAGGCUGCCUUGAACGCCAUUGCUCCUCUUGUCAAGGUUGAGCACUACGACAAUGGCAAGGUCAAGAUGGUUGAGACCUCGAUGUUGGAGUCGAGCCUCCCCAAGUCCGAGGACUGGCUCGAGUACCUUGCCGGCCAGGAUCCUUCUUGGUUCCGCGCCUUGAUGACCGCCCCCACUGUCAUCCAGGGUAAGAAGUUCUUGAACAACCCCCUCGCCCGCAUCUUCCGUCCCCGUAUCUCGCAGGCUGUCCACUUUGAGUACACCGAGGACAAGCUCCACACCGUCACCGUCUACGACCGUCGCUCCUGGUCGGCCUCGAGCAAGUCCAGCGACUUGUCGCCAUCGCUCCGUGCCCGCCUCCAGCCCAAUGAGCUUAUUGAGGUUGUCUUGGUCGAGAAGAACGGCGACCGCUUGAUCCCCUUCCCUCUCCUCUUCCACUACACCCCCGAGAAGGGCUAUGCCCCCAUCCACGAGGUCAUGGAGGGCCGCAACGAGAGAAUCAAAGAGUUCUACUACAAGCUCUGGUUCCCCUCGGAGGAAGGUCAGUUCAACAACUGCCUCGCCACCGAUGCCUUCACCGAGCAGUUCAUCUGCAACGGUGAGCAGGUCGACACUGCCGAGAUCAAGGAGUUCUGCCAGGCUGUCGGUAAUCAGGCCGAGCUCUAUGUCGAGCGUCGCCAGAAGGUCGUCUAUGCCCCCAUGGACUUUGCCAUCGUCGUCGGCUGGAAGUCUAUCAUCAAGGCUAUCUUCCCCAAGUCGAUCGAUGGUGACCUUCUGAAGCUGGUCCAUCUCUCCAACGGAUUCCGCAUGUUGGAUGGUGCCGAGCCCCUGAAGCAGGGUGAUGUUGUCGACACCAUUGCCGACAUCAACGCCGUUGUCAACAACGACUCAGGCAAGUUGGUCCAGGUCAAGGGAGUUGUCUUGCGUGACGGCAAGCGUGUCAUGGAGGUCACCUCGGAGUUCUUGUACCGCGGCACCUUCACCGACUACCACAACACCUUCCAGAAGACUGUCGAGACCCCCGUCGAGGUCAAGUUGACCUCUGCCAAGGAUGUCGCCGUCUUGAAGAGCAAGGAGUGGAUCCAGUGGGCCGAGGGCGAGCACACCGUUGGUCCCAACGCCUCAUUGGUCUUCCGUCUCAACACCAUUGUCCGCUUCAAGAACAAGACCACCUUCUCCCACGUCGAGACCACUGGUACUGUUACCAUGCAGAUCUCGACCAAGGAGCAUGUUGAGAUUGCUACUGUCAACUAUAGCACCGACGAGGAGACCCAGGGUAACCCCGUCCUUGCCUACUUGAAGCGCUCAGGCUCGCCCAUUGAGCAGGCGAUCCACUUUGAGAACGGCGGUUACUCUGUCAUGCCCGAGGGAUCGUUCAGCUCCGAGGUCAUCUCACCCUUCAGCAACGAGCCCUAUGCCAAGGUCUCGGGAGACUUCAACCCUAUCCACGUCAACCCUUACUUUGCUGACUUGGCUGAGCUCCCCGGUACCAUUACUCACGGCAUGUGGACCAGUGCCUCGACCCGCAAGUUUGUUGAGAUCUUUGCUGCUGAGAACCACCCCCAGCGCGUCACCAGCUACGAGGUCAGCUUCUUGUCGAUGGUCCUUCCUCAGGAUCGCCUCACCACCAAGUUGUCGCACAUCGGUAUGAUCAACGGAAAGAAGAUCAUCAAGGUCGAGACCUUCAACCAGAACGGCAGCAAGGUUGUCGAGGGUACCGCUGAGAUCGAUCAGCCUACCAUCGCCUACGUCUUCACUGGUCAGGGAUCACAGGAGCAGGGCAUGGGUAUGGCCCUUUACGACUCCUCCCCCGUUGCCAAGGACAUCUGGGAGAGAGCCGAUCGCCAUUUCUUGGAGAACUAUGGUUUCUCCAUUUUGGAUAUUGUCCGCAACAACCCCUUGAAGAAGACCAUCCACUUUGGUGGCCCCAAGGGUAACGCCAUCCGCCAGAACUACAUGUCGAUGCGCUACGAUAUCGUCGACCAGGACGGCUCCAUCAAGACCCUGCCUUUGUUCCCCGGCAUCAACGAGACCACUCACUUCUACACCUUCCAGUCUCCCAACGGUCUUUUGGCUGCUACCCAGUUCACCCAGCCUGCCUUGACCCUCAUGGAGAAGGCUGCCUUUGAGGACAUGCGCUCCAAGGGCUUGAUCCAGCACAACUGCGCCUUUGCUGGUCACUCUCUCGGAGAGUACUCUGCCUUGGCCGCCAUCGGUGAGGUCCUCCCCAUCGAGUCCCUGGUCGAUGUCGUCUUCUACCGUGGUAUGACCAUGCAGGUCGCCGUCCCACGUGACGAUGUUGGACGCUCCAACUAUGGAAUGGUUGCCAUCAACCCCUCCCGUGUCUCGCCUACCUUCAACGACUCUGCCCUCCGCUACGUCGUCGAUGCCAUUGCCAGACAGUCGAACGGCCUCUUGGAGAUUGUCAACGAGAACGUCGAGAACUGGCAGUACGUUGCUGCCGGUGAGCUCUCCAACCUGGACGCUCUCUCGACUGUUUUGAACUACCUCAAGGUUCAGAAGAUUGAUCUCCAGAAGCUCAUGGAGACCAUGCCCCUCGAGGAGGUCAAGAAGCACCUUUCCCAGAUCAUUGCCGGUGCUCUUGAGAAGGUUGCCGAGAAGUUGGCCAAGGACGGUUUGAUCAAGCCCGAGCGUGGUGUCGCCACCAUCCCCCUCGCUGGUAUCGACGUCCCCUUCCACUCCAGCUUCUUGCUCUCUGGUGUCGCUCCCUUCCGUACCUACCUCGCCAAGAAGAUCAAUCCCACCUUCAUCAACGUCCCUCUCUUGACCGCUAAGUACAUUCCCAACUUGACAGCUCAGCCUUUCAGCAUCGAGAAGCCGUACAUUGAGGGUGUCUACAACUUGACCUCGUCCCCUCGUCUUGCCAAGGUCUUGAAGAACUGGGUCGAUACCAAGCUUACCCCCAAGCAGCAGCAGCGUCUCGGUUACACUCUCUUGGUUGAGUUGCUGGCCUACCAGUUCGCUUCCCCAGUCCGCUGGAUUGAGACCCAGGACCGUCUCUUCAAGGAGUACAACGUUGUCCGCCUCAUCGAGGUUGGACCCUCGCCCACUCUUUGCGGUAUGGCUCAGCGUACCCUCAAGUUCAAGUACGAGGCCUACGAUGAUGCCUUGACCUUCCAGCGUUCGACUCUCUGCACCUCGAAGGAUGCCAAGGAGAUCUACUACGCCAACGACAACGUCGAAGCUUCUGCUCCUGCUUCCGCCGCUGCUGCCCCUGCUUCAGCUGCAAAGGCCGCACCCGCUCCAGUUGCUGCCCCCGCCCCAGUUGCUGCGGCUGCCGGACCCGCCGCCGCAGUAGCUGAUGCACCCAUCAAGGCUGUCGAGAUCUUGCACGUUCUUGUUGCCCAGAAGGUCAAGAAGACCUUGGAGGAGGUUCCUCUUUCCAAGGCCAUCAAGGAUCUCGUUGGAGGAAAGUCUACUCUCCAGAACGAGAUCUUGGGUGAUCUCCAGAAGGAGUUUGGCGGUAGCGGUUUCCCUGAGAAGGGUGAGGAGGCUCCUUUGGAGGAGCUCGCCAACGCUCUCCAGGGUAACUUCAACGGCGCUCUCGGCAAGCAAACCACCUCUUUGAUCUCCAAGAUGAUCGGAUCCAAGAUGCCUGGUGGUUUCUCUCUCUCUACCGCCAAGGGUUACUUGACCAAGACCCACGGUUUAGGCCCUGUCCGCUCUGAUGCCGCCCUCUUGGUUGGUUUGACCAUGGAGCCCACUGCUCGUCUUGGUAGCGUCCCUGAGGCCAACGCCUGGUUGGACUCUGUCGCCCAGGCCUACGCCCGCCGCGCCGGUGUCACUUUGGGUGCAGGUGCCUCCGCUGGCGCUGCCCCUGUCAUGAUGGCUGCUGCCUCCGCCGGUGCUGCUGGUCCCGCUGCCGUCGCUGACGCCCCUAUCAAGGCCAUUGAGAUUCUUCACGUCAUUGUUGCUCAGAAGAUCAAGAAGACCGUCGAGGAGGUUCCCCUCUCCAAGGCUAUCAAGGAUCUCGUCGGAGGCAAGUCUACUCUCCAGAACGAGAUUCUCGGUGACCUCCAGAAGGAGUUUGGUGGCAGUGGAUUCCCCGAGAAGGGUGAGGAGGCUCCUUUGGAGGAUCUUGGAAACGCUCUCCAGGGUAACUUCAACGGCGCUCUCGGCAAGCAGACCACCUCUUUGAUUUCCAAGAUGAUCGGUUCCAAGAUGCCCGGUGGUUUCACUCAGUCCUCGGCCAAGGGUUACCUCGCCGCUUCCUAUGGCUUGGGACCCCUCCGCGCUGACGGUGCUCUCCUUUUGGGUCUUACCUUGGAGCCCGUUGCCCGUCUCGGUUCGGAGGCUGACGCCAAGGCUUGGUUGGACACUGUUGCCCAGGCUUACGCUCGCCGCGCCGGCAUUUCCUUGGGAGGCGGUGGCGGUGGAGCUGUUGCCGGUGGAGCUGUUGGCGGCGCUGUCAUGAACAGCGAGGAGUUCAACCAGUUCCAGGCCAAGCAGAACGCCAUGAUGUACCAGCACCUUGAGAUCUACGCCCGCUACCUCGAGAAGGACCUCCGUUCUGGCGAGAAGCUUUACGAGGAGGAGAAGCUUGCUACUCUCCGUCUCCAGGCUGAUAUCGACCAGUGGGUGGCUGAGCACGGUGACUACUACGCCGAGGGUAUCAAGCCCUCGUUCAGCGUCAAGAAGGCCCGCAAGUACGACUCGCACUGGAACUGGGUCCGUCAGGAUGCCCUUUCUCUCCUCUAUGAUAUGAUCUUUGGUCGCUUGACCGUUGUCGAUCGCGAGGUCGUUGCUCAGUGUAUCCACGUUAUGAACCGUGCCGAUCCCCAGCUCUUGGAGUUCAUGAUCUACCACAUCGACAACACUGCUGCUGACCGUGGCAAGACCUAUGCCCUUGCCAAGGAGCUCGGUAACAUGUUGAUCGAGAACUGUCGCGAAGUCUUGGAGGCUGCUCCCGUCUACAAGGAUGUCGGUGUUCCUACCGGUCCUGCGACUUCGAUCGACAACAAGGGCAAUAUCUUGUACGAGGAGGUUCAGCGUGCCGGUGUCCGCAAGUUGGACCACUACGUUAAGGAUAUGUCUGCCGGUGGCAAGAUGUCCGAGUUCAGCAACCGCCAGAAGGUGCAGAAGAACCUUGCCCAGAUCUACAAGAUCAUCAAGGCUCAGAACACCAUGAAGUCGUCGUCUAAACUCGCCAUCAAGUCCCUCUACGGUGAGGUCAUCCACGCCAUGAACAUGUCCAACACUAUCAUCCGCGAGGAGAAGAACCGCCGUGCCAGUCGUAUCCGUCGCCCCUCGACCGUCCCCAACGCAGAGCGCCCCAAGAAGGAGGCCAAGAAGGAGACUAUCCCCUUCCUCCACCUUAAGAAGAAGAACGCCCAGUCCGAGAGCGGAUGGGAGUUCUCGCAGCGUUUGACCAGCGUCUACUUGGAUGUCUUGGCCAACAUUGCCAAGGACGGUGUCACCUUUGAGAACCGCAUGGUCCUCAUGACCGGUGCCGGAAAGGAUUCUAUUGGUGCCUCGAUCCUCAAGGGUCUCUUGUCUGGAGGAGCCAAGGUCAUCGUCACGACCUCCCGCUUCAGCCGCGAUGUCACUGAGUACUACCAAUCGAUCUACCAGCGCCACGGAUCCAAGAACUCGUCCUUGGUCGUUGUUCCCUUCAACGGAGGUUCCAAGCAGGAUGUUGAUGCUCUUGUCAACUACAUCUACGACAAGGACCCCAAGAAGGGUCUCGGCUGGGAUCUUGAUUACAUCAUUCCCUUCGCUGCCAUCUCUGUCCAGGGCAAGGAGAUUGACAACAUUGACUCCCAGUCCGAGUUGGCUCACCGUAUCAUGUUGACCAACGUCCUUCGCCUGUUGGGUAAUGUUAAGACCAAGAAGAUGGAGAACGGAUACGACACCCGCCCCGCCCAGGUCAUCCUCCCUCUCUCGCCCAACCACGGAACCUUCGGUGCCGACGGUCUCUACGGAGAGUCCAAGGUUGCCCUCGAGACCUUGUUCAACCGUUGGUCCUCCGAGUCGUGGUCCGCCUACUUGACCAUUACCGGAGCCGUCAUUGGCUGGACCCGUGGUACUGGAUUGAUGAGCGGCAACAACAUUGUUGCUGAGGGUCUUGAGAAGUACGGUGUCCGCACCUUCUCUGCCCAGGAGAUGGCUUUCAACAUCCUCGGUCUCAUGCACCCCUCGAUCACCAACUUGUGCCAGAUCGAGCCUGUCUGGGCUGAUCUCAACGGUGGUCUCCAGUACUUGCCCAACUUGAACGAGAUCUCUGCCAACUUGCGUGCCGAGCACCGCCAGACCUCUGAGAUCCGCAAGGCUAUUGUCGCCGAGAACACUCUCGACUUCAAGGAGACCCACGGUGCCGAGGCUGAGCGCAAGCACCAGCCCCACAAGGUCACCCCCCGUGCCAACAUGAAGUUCCCCUUCCCCGAGCUCAAGAACUACAAGGAUCUCUCGCACGCCCACAAGCUGAGAGGCAUGCUCGAUCUCGAGAAUGUUGUCGUAGUCACCGGUUUCAGUGAAGUCGGACCUUGGGGUAACUCGCGUACCCGCUGGGAGAUGGAGGCCAACGGCCAGUUCUCCCUCGAGGGAUGCAUUGAAAUGGCCUGGAUCAUGGGCUUCAUCAAGCAUCACAACGGCAACCUCAAGUCGGGCGCUCCAUACUCUGGAUGGGUCGAUGCCAAGACCGAGGAGCCCGUUAAGGAUCGCGAUGUCAAGGCUAAGUACGAGAAGCAGAUUCUGGAGCACACUGGUAUCCGUCUGAUCGAGCCCGAGCUCUUUGGCGGUUACGAUCCCAAGCGCAAGGGUCUCUUGCAGGAGGUCUUGAUCGACCACGACCUCGAGGCCUUUGAGGUCUCGAAGGAGGAGGCUCAGAUGUUCAAGCUCGAGCACGGCGACAAGGUCGACAUCUACGAGGAGGAGUCUGGCCAGUGGGCCGUCAAGUUCAAGAAGGGUGCCAACAUGUACAUUCCCAAGGCCCUCAAGUUUGACCGCCUCGUCGCCGGUCAGAUCCCCACCGGAUGGAAUGCUGCCCGCUAUGGUGUCCCCAAGGACAUUAUUGACCAAGUCGACACCAUCACCCUCUACGUCUUGAUCUCGACCGUCGAGGCUUUGAUUGCUUCUGGUAUUACCGACCCCUAUGAGUUCUACCAGUACGUCCACGUCUCCGAGGUCGGUAACACUGCCGGUUCCGGUGUCGGAGGCAUGCUUUCGCUCCGUGGUAUGUACCGCGACCGUGUCCUCGACAAGCCCGUGCAGAAGGAUAUCUUGCAGGAGUCGUUCAUCAACACCAUGCCUGCCUGGAUCAACAUGUUGCUCCUCUCGUCGUCUGGACCCAUCAAGACCCCCGUCGGAGCCUGUGCCACCGCUGUCGAGUCUGUCGAGAUUGGUGUUGACACCAUCCAGAGCGGUAAGGCCAAGAUUGUCAUUGUCGGAGGCUAUGAUGACUUCCAGGAGGAGGGCUCGUACGAGUUCGCCAACAUGAAGGCUACCAGCAGCACCGACGAGGAGUUUGCCCACGGACGCACCCCCAAGGAGAUGUCCCGCCCCGCCACUUCGACCCGCUCUGGUUUCAUGGAGUCUCACGGAGCCGGUAUUGAGAUCUUGAUGCAGGCCAAGUUGGCCAUCGAGAUGGGUGUGCCAAUCUAUGGUAUCGUCGGUCUCACCAACACCGCCACCGACAAGGAGGGUCGCUCUGUCCCCGCCCCCGGUCAGGGUGUCUUGACCACCGCCCGUGAGGUCAAGUCCAAGAUGCCCUCUCGCCUCUUGGACAUCAAGUACCGCAAGCGCCAGAUUGAUGCUCGCCGUGCUCAGAUCAAGCAGUGGGUCGAGAGCGAGUAUGUCGAGGUCGGCUACGAGCUCGAGGAGCUCAAGGCACAGGGUGCCUUGACCGUCACCGAGGAGGAGUACCUUGCCUCCGAGACUGAGCGCAUCCAGAAGGAGGCCAAACGUCAGCACCGCGAGGCCCUCAACCUCUGGGGUAACGAGUUCUACAAGCAGGAUCCCCAGAUCUCGCCUCUCCGUGGUGCCCUUGCCUCGUUCGGCUUGACCAUCGAUGACAUUGGUGUCGGAUCCUUCCACGGUACCUCGACCAAGGCCAACGACAAGAACGAGUCCGAAGUCGUCAACAAGCAGAUGGAGCACUUGGGCCGUAGCAAGGGUAACGCUUUGCCCUCGGUCUGGCAAAAGUACCUCACCGGUCACCCCAAGGGUGCCGCUGCUGCCUGGAUGAUGAACGGAGUCCUCCAGGUCCUCCAGACCGGUUUGAUUCCCGGAAACCGCAACGCCGACAACAUUGACAACGUCAUGCGCCAGUAUGAGUAUGUCCUCUACACCUCGCGGUCGAUCCAGACCGACGGUGUCAAGGCUGGUCUGUUGAAGUCGUUCGGUUUCGGUCAGGUCGGUGGUGAGAUCCUCUUGAUCCACGCCGACUACAUCUUCGGAGCCCUUGAGGAGCACGAGUAUGAGGCCUACAAGACCAAGCAGCAGGCCCGUCAGGCUAAGUCGUACCGUUACCUCCACGACUCGAUGACCGGUGGCCCCGCCCUGGUCCAGGUCAAGAACGCUCCCCCAUACACUCCCGAGCUCGAGUCGCCCGUGUACCUCAACCCCAGUGCCCGUGCCCAGUACAACAACGCCACAAAGUCGUGGGCCUUCAACGCCAAGUCGCUCGUCCCCGAGUCUGCCAAGAUUGAUGUCGCCAUGACCCGCGCCAUCCUCGAGACCUCUGCCGCAGAGUCUCUUGGUUCCUCUUCUGCCGCUGGAUCCCGAGGAGUUGGUGUCGAUGUCGAGAUGGUCUCUGCGAUCAACAUUGAGAACGACACCUUCCUCGAGCGCAACUUCACUCAGCAGGAGAUUGAUUACUGCCUGAGCCGGCCCGACCCCCAGUCGAGCUUCGCCGGUCGUUGGUCCGCCAAGGAGGCCGUCGUCAAGGCCGUGAGCUCAUUCUCGUUGGAUACGGAAAAGGUCUGGACCCAGGGCGCUGGCGCUGGAUUGAAGGAGAUUGAGAUUGUGAUGGCAGAGAGCGGCGCACCUAGCGUUGUGUUCUCUGGAGCCGCAGAGGAGGCGGCGCGCAAGGCUGGAGUCAAGGAGAUGAAGGUCUCCAUCAGUCAUUCUGGCGCUUACGCAGUUGCUGUUGCAAAUGCGUUGUAA